AUGUUUUCUCUUCUUUCGGGGGAAAGGAGCGGCCGCCUCGCUUCUCCCUUUCCGUCCUCUGCGUCCCUCGGCGCGUGUGUCUGUCUCUUCUUUCUGGUCUGCACGGCCUCCGCUCGACAGAGUGUCUCUGUCGCGCCUCCACGGUCGCCGACGGCCCUGAGGACCGGCUGGGAAGCGGGUCUCCAGCCCCAGAGUUUCGGCUGUUUUUCUCUUUUUUCUUCCCUUACCUCUCUGUCUUCUCCUCUGGGCUCCCUUGCUUCUUCCCACGAUGCUGUCGCACACUGGGCGUCCCUUUGCCCUAGCUGCCCGUCUCCGCUGUCUUGCUCGCCCUCGCCGUCUCUCUCCCCUUCGUCCCCUCCGCCUCCUUCUUCUUUGCUGUCUUCUCCUCGUACUGGUCUUUCGGCGGCCCCUGUUUUGUAUCCUGUUCUUUCUUCCGCCGUCUCUGCGUCAAAAGGGGGAGGAGGGCGCGCCGACACGCCCGCGAUCUGCGCCAGCCACCGAGGACAAUCAGAAGAAAGGCACGCAGAAGCGGAGACUCGGCCUUCGUCUGAACGGACAGGAGAGCCCCUGGCGUCUUGCGCCUUCCCCUCUCCCCGAAGACGGAGUUCUCUUUUCUCUCCUCUGUCUGCCGCCGUGAGCACUUCCUCGCUCGGCGCCUUUUUUUCCACCUUCUCAUGCCCCGUCAAGAGAGCGCACAAAGCGGAAAGGUCAAGCGACGAGGCCCAGAGACCGAAGCAAAACAGCCUCACUUUCAUGUCGCCUCUGUCUCUGUCGCUCCCUCCCCCCGCUUCAGGCGAACUUUCGAAAUCUGUGUCUUCGUCGUCGACCUUCCUAGCCUCUGCGGCGGCGGAUUCUCCCACAGUGCAGGCCCCUCCCCCGUGCUUCCACGCCCCGUCUGCGCUUGGCUUCGCGUCUACGUCUCCGUUUUUGUCUUUGCCUCUGGCUUCACACGUUCGAGGCUCUUUCGCCUCUCCUGCGUCUUCCUUCGCGCGUCGUCGGGCGCCUUUUUUUUCGCGCCCUCGCUCUUCAUCUCUCCGCUUCGGCGCGCCGCCGCCUGCCUCGUCCCCGCUGUCUCAGCCGUCCCUGUCUUUUCUUUUUUCUGCGUCUCCUGCUUCCUCCGCAGGCGCGCCCGAGUGCAGAGAGCGCUUUGCUCAGUCUGGCGCAGAGGAAGUCGUGUCUCUCCCUCCGGGCGAACUCGCGCCGGUGUCGUGGAAAGAUGUGAAGGAGACAGUCGAGGGCCCCCCGAAGCCUCCGCUCCUUGUGACGCCAGACGGGCAGUUCGACCCAGACCGCCCCAAGCCCGCCACGCCCUUCGGCAACCUCGUAGCGCUCGACGCCGCCUCUUCGCUGCUUGUGCAGCUUCCCCACGCGCUGCCUGAGGGGGGGGCCGACCGCCCGCCGCCGCUGCGGAGGCGGGCGGUCGGCCCCCCCCCCGCCGCCGCGGAGGCAAGCAGAAGCCCCGCCACAACCUCCGCGGCGGAGCCCAGCGGAAGGAAAGCGAGCGACGCGGGCGCCUCUGCAGAGGGCAGCGGAGGAGCUGCGGCGGCGGACGCGCAUGAGGAGGAGGGGGGGCGGCGGCGCCGGAUGCCCGAAGAUCUGACGCUCCUGGAUGUGCAGGAGGCGGAGGGCGGCGCGUGGGUGAAGGGGAAGUGGCUGAGCGACGAGGAGAUUGACCGGGCGAUCGCCGAGGGAGAGCAGCGGAUUCGGCCUUUAGUCGGUGAGCUGCACAGCUCACGCUGGGGCAGAGGCGCAGAGGCGCAGCGCCCGCGCCCCGCCCUCUGGGCCUCGCAGCCGGAGGCCUCGGAUCUGGGGGGAGGGGCGGCUGCAGCUGUUGCACGCGGCAGAAAGCCUUCCCUCGCCCGUGCGUGCGAGACGCAAGACGCGCACGCGGACUCUUUUGGAGUUUCAUGCAAGCGCUUCGACUUAUGCGGGGGCGACUUCGAGGAAUUCCAAGGCGAGCUGGCUGACCGAGAGAGGGAGCGGCUGGAGCGCGAGGAGGCUGAGGAGCACCCGCACUUCACCGACGAGCAGAUCGACAGGAUGGAUAUUUUUGAGUUGAAAGAGGAACUGCGGCUGAGAGGCUACCGCACUGGCGGACCCGUCGACGCCGUGCGCUUGCGCUUGAAGCAAGCAGUCCGCGACGGCCCGCGUGUGUUCGAGGAGGGUACGCAGGAAGAGUACCCUGACAACCCCCUCGCGCAGUCCUUCAUCGAAGACUCCCAGCGAGCUGUUCACACUUACCAAGCCGCGCUCGAAGAGAUUUCCAAGCCUGUCGAGAAUCCUGCAGACCCCGCGCAGGUGAUUCGAAGGUGGAUUGCGCGGACAGAGCUCUCCAACGCCGCCGACGACCCGGUGGAUUACUUUCAUCUCGACGCGGCGGCGACGGGGAGCGGCGCCUCCGCGGAGGACUUGGAACAGAUUCAAAAAGGCGUCGACGAAGAAGAAGACCGCGAGAUGACGCAAGAAGAGAAGCGAGAACUCUACGACCAACAGAGACACGAUCUGAUGGCGGAGACCGUGCCGAAAACCUUCCAGCCGCGAGACGACGACAGCAUCGUCGCGGAGGAGCCGCUUCCACACAUGGACAGUGAAUGGGAUCACCUAAGCAUGGCGGAACGCAAACGCCUUUAUCUCGAGGGCAACCCGAACGGCGUCAUCACGGAAACCGUCCGGAGCCUCGCGGAGGGAUUCUCGGUGCCAGAGGACUUCAUUGGAGACUUCCUCUGUAGGCAGGGCGUCCAGCCGCCGAUUCCCGUCGACGUACCGCUCAAAGACUUAACCGACCCAGCCGCAGUGUGGAACCUGGUCGAGUAUCUACAGAUUCAGGACCCUGCGCAAAUUCAUAACAUGUACCCGCUCGACACAAUCGAACAAAUUGCUGAGGAAUUUGACUGCCCGAUCCAACACGUGUUCGACGCAUGCGAGGCUCUAAAAAUCAAACUCCCGUUCGGCGCGCAGUCCCGCCUCAACGUGGAAUGUUACAACGCUGUGACCACGCUAUUGGAGAAGAUGCUCUUCCCCGACAAGAAGGACCGCGAAAUGGUUGUAGAAGAAGAAAUAGGAUGA